UCUGAUCUCCCUGGAAUCUACAACUUUACGAACCCCAUCUUCUCGCUUAACGGCGGUCCGCUGGAAAAGCACCCAGGCGUAUACCAGACCGAUCUGAUCCUGGAGAAGUCUCUGGCACGUAUCGACGACAUCGCCAACAGCGACGACCCCGAGCGUCAUAAACACUUGUUCCCGGAUGCCAAGGUUCCGCGCGACCCGAACUUCAACCCGCUGGUGCAGGACAAGGUCGGCUGGAUCAACGCCAUUGACGAGCACUACCGCCAGCGUCUGCGCUCGCUGCAGGCCACUGACGAGCUCGUCGAGGCGGUGUUCAAGAAGCUGGAAGAGAAGAACCUGGUUGACAACACCUACUUUAUCUACACCACCGACAACGGCUACAUCUCGGCCACCACCGCAUGUUUGCUGGAAAGCAGACUCCGUAUGACACUGAUGUGCUCACACUUUGCUGCCACUGUCCUUGACCUCGCCAACAUUGAGCGUCCGGACGGACUGGAUGCCACGUCACUGUUUGACCCGAAGAAGACUGAAUCGUUUGCCAUCGAGUUCUGGAACAAUAACUUGUUGAGGGCUGUGCGUCUUGUGAGCAAGGACUUCAACAUCUACUACUCGGCAUGGUGCACACGCGAGCACGAGCUCUACGAGAUGAACAGCGACCCGUACCAGCUGGUGAACAAGUACAACCGGACGGAUCCCAAUUUCCUCAACCGCCUCGAUGCCCUGCUUAAUGUCUUGCAUGACUGCAAGGGUGAUGUGUGCCAGCGCCCGUGGAACACGCUGCACAAGGACGGCAAGGUCAAGAGCCUCAAGGAUGCGCUCAAGCCCAAGUACGAUGAGCACUACAAGGCGCUGCCCAAGUUCCGGUUCCUCGAGUGCAAGGUCUACUACGACCCAUAA